AUGUCCUCCCCUUUCGACCUUGUCUCAAUCUCCAUAGACUCCGAUGCAAAGUCAAUGAUAGGUACUGCCGGAAGCUUCAAAACAUGCCAUCCGGCUCUUUUGCAUACUACUACUUCAUUGAGCGCUACACCUGGGCCAUCAACUUCACAAUCUUCCAUUUUCACAGCAACACAUGUCGUAGCCAAGCGUGUCUUUUUCCGAAAACGUGACGGGAACUCCAAGCGUCAAAGGUUUUCCAAAGAAGAUGAACUUGGGAGGACGCUUGAUGAGGCCAACUGCCUAUACUGGGCUACCUGUUUGAUGUCCCUCGUCUAUAUUUUUGUUGACGAAAUGCUUCAGACACAGACUGUAAAGCAGACCAUUGCAAACGAGGUCCCUCGCCUCCGACUCGUCUAUGCUGCAGUUGCUAUCCCUGAAGACGUUUCGGACUGCGCUGGAGCAGCAUACCUAUUAGAAGAAAGAAUCGAGGGCAAGUUUAUCAAGUAUAUUAACAACAAUUCUGCAGCUCCUGCUCAUCAUCUACAGGGCGAAGAGGAAAAAAUAGGGUUGUUUCUAUGCUUCGCCCAGCAUGUACAAUAUCAGCUCACAAAUGAAGUCGUGUAUCUGUCUGAUUUCCAAGGUUCUGGAGACCUCCUUACUGACUGCCAAGUUAUGACAGGACCUGACUACAUGAGUAACUUCGGUGAAAGAAAUUGCACUGAGGCAUUUCGCGCAUUCAAAAUGACUCAUAAAUGCAAUGUCUUUUGUCAAGCAUUUGGUUUGCAGCCCUUCAUCAUAGCCAAGCAAGUUGGUGCUGCCUCGGACAACAACAAUAAUGCGUACUGGUAG